CAGCAACUUUCAGGGGUAUAAAUUGAUCCAGCUGGACGAUGGAAAAGACACACUUGAACGCCAAGUAUCAGCUCAGCAGCAACUCAUCCUCAACAUGUACAAGUCAAUGACCCUUUUGGUUUUGGUGGCUUUGGCUGCUUGCGCUUUCGCCAUGGAGACCCAGGAUCAGGAAUCUGCUGAGCAAUACUACCGCGUUCAUGGUGUCUACCCAGCCUGGUACCAAUACGGCGUCAAUGCCUUCAACGGAGUCCGUGGCUACCCCGGCUUCACCGGCUACCCCUACGCCGGCUACCCUUACACCGGCUACCCCUUCACCGGUUACCCAUCUGCCGUCUACCCCGCCGCUGCUGCCUCCACUGUUGUUAAGAACGUCGCCUAUCCUUACCCCGGCUACCCUUAUGGCUUCAACACUUACCCAUAUGCCACUUACGGAGCCGUCCCAUACGUCGCCGCUGCCGCAGCUGCUGCUCCCGCCAAGGCCUAGAUUCGCUGCCGUUUAAAGCUGCCAACAUCAUCGACCUGAGCUGUGCUCAAAUUGAAUAUUUACUCACUUGAAAUCACCCGUGUUGACCACGAAAUUCGAACUUUGGAAACGUUUUUGCGAGAAUUUGUAAUGUUGCUGCUCAUCAGACGAACAACAACAGACGUCGUUUAAACAAAAAUGUCUUCAAAUAAAUCAGAACAAUCAAUUCAA